GGAGCGUGGCAGGGGAGCGGGACCCUGGGGAGCAGGACCCUGGCAUGAUGCUGAGAGCCUGGUGCCGAUCCUACUGGCCUCGUGCAGACUGCAAGCUGGCAGGUGAUGAGUGGGAGGAAGGACAUGGAGUGCCCCUUCCUAUUCCCAUGUUGAGUCAGUCCCACCUCCCACUGAGAAAGCAGCUUUACGCCUGCUGAGACAGCACUUCAUCUCCUUAGGUGUUGGCUGCUAUCUUGUUUUCCUUGCUUUGUGAUGCACAAACAAUUCUCUGAGUUUUUACGUGUUUAUUUUGUUGGAGGAAAGUUGUAUUCACUGCAGAGAGGAUCAGUGAGCCAAAAGCACCAUCUUGCAUCCCAAAGUGGUGACAGAUGUCACCUGCCUAUGUGAUAUUUUAAUCCUGACCCACAUUUUGAAAAUAACAGGUUGGCAGGAAAAUUGCCUUUCAAGAUUCCCAGCUUCUUUCCACCCUGAAAAGAAGUAGUUCAUACUUCAUAUUGUAUAGUCUGGUGUAAAGGAGAGCUGUUCAGAGCAGCUGGAGCAUACCCUUCCAGUCCAUGCACACAUAGCUGCAUCCUGGUUGCGGGCAUUCUGACUGCAGCAGAGUGGGAAGUACACCCCUGGCUGGGGUUUAAGGCAAUGCCCAGAAGACUUGAAUAUUUUGCCCCAAGUAGGCAGACUUCCAUUUGGUAACGUGACCUGGGCAGUAUCAGAAAUGGCUUCGUCAAAAUAUUCUUCAUGAGCAAAGCCAAAGAAUAAAUGGAUACCCAAGGGGUCUUUCAUCCUCCUACCACAAGGGCCUGAACUGAGGUAUACAGUGCCCUCUGCUAGUUAGAGGAGCAGCUUUUCCCUUGGAGAGUUGCACAUUCAAAUUCUGCCUACAGCCAUGUAUGCUGAGGUUGCUUUCAGUCAGAAAAUCCACUGUAUGGAAAGUCAUUAGUGCAGUUGGUUAUGAGGCAAAGGAGUGAUUAACCUGUAGAGACUGGGUUAUCAGUCAAUAUCAGCUUUGUUCCACGUGUUCUCUGUUCAGCACCAAGGGUACCCAGUUAAUAUUUAAGACCUGGAAAGAUGUCUUCUGUCAGUCAGAGUCAGUUAUUUGAGCACUGUAUUAACUCGCUCAGCAGUGCCACUCCUGUUGUUUCUCAUACACUUGUUCUCCCAAGGCAGUUAACAACCAGCAGGUCUGCAUGAGUUUGACUCUGGUCUCAUUUAAGACAUCAUCUAGUCUUAAAGACUCCUUCAACACAUGAGCACUAUGGGAGGCCUCUGUUUCUUAGAUCGCAAGGAUUUCUUUAAUUAGUUUCUGCUCAUUGUUUCCUCAUUGCUGCUCCUCCGUACAGUGCUGGGGUUGAUGUCCCAGAAUCACAGGGUUCUGGCUUUCUACUGUGGCUGUCCUAGAGAUGGAAGUCAGGAGCAGCGUUUUCUGGGGGUGUAAUCUCCUGAUAUUUGGAAGAAGGAUCUUUGCUCUCUGUUGUUUGCAUUGUAAACUAUCGUGUUAUGUUGUUACUUGGAUGAAGAGUAUUUUACUGGUCCUCUAUUUUGGGAAGAACUUGCUAAAAUAAAGGAGUAAGGACUUGCAGAAUGGAUCUUGAAGUAAAGAUGAGUAGGAAUAAAUCACCCCCAGCUACCAGAAGCUGGUGGUUCUGCUGCUGAGAUGGCUGACCCUCUGAUGUUGUGUAUGUAAUCUUUCAGGUUGCAAUUUCCCCAGCUGGCCCUGAGGCGAAGGUUGGGCCAGCUAAGCUGUAUGUCUAGGCCUGCUCUGAAACUCCGUUCUUGGCCUCUGACUAUUCUCUAUUACCUUCUGCCUUUCGGUGCUCUUAAGCCCUUGACCAGAGUGGGAUGGAGGCCUGUGAGCAGGGUUGCUCUGUACAAGUCAGUACCAACUCGACUGCUCUCACGAGCCUGGGGUCGUCUGAACCAGGUGGAGCUGCCCACAUGGCUCCGGAAGCCUGUUUAUAGCCUGUACAUCUGGACGUUCGGUGUGAACAUGAAGGAGGCAGCUGUUGAAGAUCUGCAUCACUAUAGAAACCUCAGUGAAUUCUUUCGCAGGAAGCUGAAACCACAGGCACGGCCAGUUUGCUGUGUGCACAGUGUGAUUAGUCCUUCUGAUGGAAAGAUCCUUAACUUUGGACAAGUAAAGAACUGUGAAGUGGAGCAAGUCAAAGGGGUUACUUAUUCUCUGGAGUCCUUCCUGGGACCUCGCAUCAGCACAGAAGACUUGCGUUUCAAUGAAGUCCCACCUGGCAACUCAUUUCAGCAACAACUAGUCACAAAGGAAGGGAAUGAGCUCUACCACUGUGUAAUCUACCUUGCACCAGGGGAUUAUCACUGCUUCCACUCGCCCACUGACUGGAGAGUGUCACACCGCCGUCAUUUUCCAGGCUCUUUGAUGUCUGUGAAUCCUGGAGUUGCUCGCUGGAUCAAGGAAUUGUUCUGCCACAAUGAACGGGUUGUCCUUACAGGAGACUGGAAACAUGGAUUUUUCUCUUUAACAGCUGUAGGAGCAACAAAUGUGGGCUCUAUCCGCAUCUACUUUGACCAGGAUUUGCACACCAACAGCCCACGUUACUCAAAAGGUUCCUACAACGACUUCAGCUUCAUAUCCAACAACAACAAGGAGGGAAUCCCCAUGAGGAAGGGAGAACAUCUAGGGGAAUUUAACUUGGGCUCGACUAUUGUACUCAUCUUUGAGGCACCAAAGGACUUCAAAUUCCACCUUAAAGCUGGACAGAAAAUCCGUUUUGGAGAAGCACUGGGCUCUCUCUAGAGACUGACACAGCAAGAAGGCUUUAGAUACAGAGGAACUCUUAAUACAUCGCGGAGUGUUUCACUUGACAAGCAUGUAUCACUCAGCAGGACCUGGGUGAGGAAAAGAGAUGUCUUUGCUGUGUUCACCUUUAGAAUAUUUGGCCUAUAUUUGCAUAUUGCUGCUGAAACGCAGAACGAACAUGUAUGUAUCAGGUACAGUUGCCUUUAAAGAUACUGACCAUGGAGGUUUCUGUCCUACCCUGUGCCUGUAGUCUUUUGUGUUCUCCCCCUCAGUGUGCCACAGGAUAACUAUGCUCAUAAGCUUAUAAAUCCCUUUUAAGCCUUCCUCGACUGCAGGUCCAGGUAAGGGUGGAAGCAGAGAUUAGCUGUAUUUAAAGGGACGUUGACAAGUUGAGUCAGACCUUGUACCUUAGAUAUGGAGUAUCUUUUUCAGACCUUGAAUAACAGAUGUGUUCUCAUCUUUAUUCUAAAACACUCCUCUGAAGUUCUUACAUAAAAUGCACGGAGAGCCAGAAAGUUCAAUGGACAAGUAUGGCUUCACACUCCAAACUAAGCAAAAUGCACAGAGAGUAUCUGUACAGUAAGUUACAUGCCCAAUCUGUUUCCAACGUUAGACAACUUUUAAUUCUUUUACCUAUGUCCCUUUAGAAAUGGACUUUGCACUGUAUUUUAAAGCUAAAAACACUGUGUCUACAUUCCAUAUGAUGAAACUGGUCAUCUUGGGAUUUUAUUUUUUUAAAUAUUAAGAGACAGAUCCAUAUGUCCAUUUUCUACUCUAUGGUUUUAUUUUGCUAUUCCAGGCCUUAAGGACUUUGUAUAAGAGAAAGUUCACUUCUGGAAUUAAGGGUUGGAAGACAGAUGUUUCUCCUGUGAUUCUGUGUAUCUUCGUUGUUGCUUUGUCAUCAAAUUCUUGAAGAAUUAGUUCCUCUAUUUACAGAGCAGCUUCAGAUACUUCAGGACCAAAUUUUAUUGCAUGGAAUGAAAUGCCCUAUGUGCUGACAGUGUGUUAAAAUAUGGCAGAUUGUUGAAGCAAUCUUUGGCCUCCCAGCUGCCAACCUGGCUGUCCUACAGUGGACUGGCAACUAUUUUGUCUUAGCUGAAACAGAAAAAGCCACGCCUGCUCUGAUUUCUGCCCUCGUACUGAAUGAUGAGAAUGGGCUGGGUCUUGAAUGCUUUAUGCUGAAGCUUCAUCUUACAGUGAAAAUUAAGAGCCUUGUUGUAACUUCACAUCAAGAAGAGUCAAUAAUGCCCUGGAUCUGUUGAGUAUGGCACCAAAAGCCCUGACAGAAACUGUGCCAAACUGGAGAAAUUCCAUUUUAAAGCAAUAUAUUGAUUGGUUUUAGAGUUUGAGUUCUUCUAAGUCCAGACACUCCAACAUUUAGAACUGUCUUUGCUGCCCAGAACUUGCUGGAGUGGACAUGCUUACAGAACUUGCCUUUUUGAUCUCCAAAAAUUUCUCAUAUUACUUUCUUGCUUGAGCCUUGGGUGUUUUUUUCUGCUACUUCAAGGAGCUUAGUAGGCUUUGACCAGCUGUGUUUUCCUUAAGAAAUACUUACCUUUUUUGUAUGCACUGCAGAAAAUAGAAUAUAAUUUUAUUGUACACGUCCAGUUUGCCAAGUCCUGUAUGCUUAGCUUGUCAUCAGGAAAGAAGGGAUGGUAAACUGGGUGUAGUGAUGUAGUCCAGCUGUGACUCAAAGAUGAUGGUGGCUGUUCAGGUGACAAGCAGGAGAAAAUUCAUUUGGCUCUGAGAGUCAGUGUUUCCUCACUUUACACGGGGAGGAGUUUGAAAGCUUGAAGUGGCUCUCGGCCACCUAUGGCGUUAAGCUUCUUGGCAUUAGCAAGUUUACUCCUGCAGCAGUAUAUUACCACAGACAGGUUCUAGAAAUGUGUACUUUUUUAAACCACUACGAAAUACUAAAGCAAACAUCAGCCCCAGCAGCUACAGCUGUGAUUAGCCUCAACUUCAAAGACAGAUUAAUAGACAACACCUUCGUUCCUAUGGAUGAGAGAAAAAUGACUGAAUCUCUUCCCCUUUUCCACUGGGGUUGGUGGCAUCCAGCCAUAGCCAAAGCAAUGUCAAGCUUUAAUUUAUUGCUACUCAGCAGCAUCAUCAGCUGCAGUAGCUGAAGGUUAAUGACAUGCAGUAGGAGGUAGAUUACCUGAUGUUUGCUUUAAUAGAAGUCUUAAGAGGAGGGAGAUGAUUCAGUGUGUGAGUGGCUGGUUUUGUGAAGGUCUCAGUGCUGUACAGAGCUAGCUAAUUAAUAAAUGUUACUUGCUAUGCAGGGGUCAGCAAUCACCCUGGAAGGGGAAGCAAAGUUCCUAGAGGGUACUGAUAAUGCUGUGAAUUUCUCCUGCAUGGAGAAUCCAUUGAAUUCUUCAACUGUAUCAGUAGCACGGUAUUUUUGUAUGUCAAAGUGUAUGACUUACUGACAUGAACUCAUUUAAUUGCAAACAUUUUGAAAUAAAGAGUCUUAUCCGUGUUGCUUA